AACGCGUCAUGUCACAAAGCUCAAUUCACCUCAAACUGGUUUCUCCAACAUGACUCCCGAGUUCACUAUAAUCAAAUGGCCUCCAUGGUCACCAGAUCCCAAUCCGAUAUGUGAUGGUGCAAUGGGAGAUUUGCAUCAGGAUGUGUAGGAACUGAGUGAUCAUCUCUUUAUGGACCACAGUCUCUGAGGAAUGUCUCCAGCACCUUGUUGAACUGAUUCCACGAAGAAUUAAAGCAGUUUUGAAGUCAAAAGAGGGUCCAACCCAGUACUAGAAAGGCGAGCCAGCAUUUUCUGUUUUGUCCAACAGGUACGUGGGCCUAUUGGGUACUGCAUACGCGCUUUUCAUACAGGUAAGGUUGUUUGGCAGUUUUUCAACACAGUUACAUUACAUUUAGGUGAUGCUAUGAAAUAAAUUAAAAGCAUUAUGCGAAGAAUCAUAAGCAUAACACCAGUUAAAGGGUCAGCUGCACACAGCAGCGGAGCAGAGUGCGGAAGUGUGAUGCCACUUGCAGAAACUGAAAGUAGCGUCAACAAAAGAAAGAGGCAGUGUUUGAACACAACACAAUGAGCCAUCAAAUAGACGAUGUAAUGGCGCUCUGCUGUAAGAUCUCAGAGAGCAGGCAGAUUAAAGCGGCUGUACGGAACUCAGCCAAAGGAGCUGCUGUUGCUGGUGGAGGGGCUUUUGUAGGGGGGCUGCUCGGAGGUCCACCCGGUUUAUUUAUUGGUAGUGCUUUGGGAGGCGCCGUGGGAUGGUGGAUGACUAGUGACAAAUUCCAUCCUCUUCACCAGAUCAUAAUGGAGAUGCCUCGUCAACAGAAGAGAAAACUGUACUCUGAGGUCAUGGCAGUACUGGGCAAACUGGACUGGGUUGAUCUGGCUCAACUCAUUUUUCUAGUGAUGGGUAAUUCCUCUCUACAAAUGCGAGUACUUACUACUUUAAUCUCGUUUGCCACAAAAGAGCUCGGAGCCAAAGUGGAGUAUGUACAAAAAUAGUGUGUUAAAGUCUAAGCCAAGUUUGACUAUCUGAAGAGCUUGUUUAAUUUAGGUGUUUUUGUUGUUUCUGAAAGAUGUGUUUUUACUUUAAUUUUUUCUUUAUUUUAAAGAUGCUUGUAGGUGUUAUGGUCGACUCCUUUUCCUAUAUUUCUAUUUGAAUCCAGUUUACCAGAGCCACAGAGUUUCACUGUAAACCUCAACAUGUUUAAAAUAUGUCAAAUGAACGGAAUUCAAAAGAAAUUGAGUUAUGAGUUAGUGAGUCAAUCUGAGUAAUUAAGCAAUAAUCCUUUCUAACACGAAGCACGUAAAAUCAAGACCACCUCGUGAGCUAUUUCAGUACAGUUAAA